GCUCGGACCGCACCGUUCAGUCAGUCGUCGUUCGAGCAUUAGGCAACAUUUAAUUUUAAUUUUAAUAUUUAAGUAGCUCUAAGUGUAACACACGCAUUACACGCAAUCGAAACGAACCAAGAAAAAAAAGGAAAAGAAAAGAGCGAAUCAGUCGAAGAAAGCUAGAGCAAACAAGAGCUACCCAACGAAACGCGAAGAGUUACUAAUAAAAAAGUGUACUACUACUUCGAAUAAUUUUGCAAAAAAAAAAAAAACGAAACGAACCUCCAAAAGUCCCAAGCGUGUCAGCAAGCAGAAUCAGCAGCGGUAGUGAAUCACAUAUACGAAGCCAAGCUUGAGGCAACAUUUGCAAAACGAGCGAAUCGCACUGCAGUGAAUCUAAACGACACGUUAUUUAAUUUAUGUUCGAAAUUACGUUCAACGAAGAAAAAUCCUAAUACGAGUUAGAGAUUGUGUGUUUAUUUUUGUUGUUGUGUGAGUUUUGUUACUAUAAUUUUGCUACGAAUUUCGAAAACUCUGUAAAGAGUUCUUUAAUCAACAUAAGAAAAUAAAAAUAGCCCGGUUAGUGAACAAGCGACAAUAAACUACGCGUUUGCUGUGCGUGUAUCGGUCUGUGUGUGUGUUUUUUUUUUUGCUUUAUAAGUUUCAAUAAGUUUUGUGCUACAAGUUCUACAUCUACAAGAAAAAAUACAAGUUUUAAUUUGUGAGCAAAAAAGAAGAAGAAACCCCCAAGUGCGAUUACUCGUCGGAAUUCCUGCGUGCGUGUAGGAAUUGUGAUAAUACACACAAUCGACUAAAAGUGGGCAGCACAGCUAGCGUGUGGCUAGAAGACAACAAGGGGACGUAACAGAAAAAAAGGAACUAAAACGGCAAAUCGCAACCGUGCGUGCGUUCGUGCGUGAAGUGACCGUAGCAGUGGCACGCGGCCAGAAGUGUACACGGUGUUGGUGGUGUUGUAAAAAUAAUUGAAAUCCGUACCGAAAUCCGACGGCUGCCAUCGCCGAGAUUGUGAGGACGUGCGAACGCAUCGGAUCUGUUGGUGACCGAUUGUGAAGUGUAAAUAGGUUACUUUCAACCACACCCAACACGACCAGGUGAAGAAAAAUUGGAUCGAUUUAUUCCCGGACACGCCGCCAAAAGUCCAACGCCCGCCGUACGUCACCAUUAAACCAACGGUGUGGUGGAAAUAAACAAACAGAAAAGUCCACCACGCAGCAAAAUAGGCCAGACAACAAAAGGACCAGUCAUCGCGUCAUCCUGUCGGUUCGAUCAGAGUGUUGAAACCUGCUAGUGUCCAUGGACAGUGCCCCAUAACGCCCCUAAGACUGCCAGUAACUAAAGUGAGAACGGACAGCGGAAGUGUCCUGUCCUGCCAUCAGUGUGCGGAAGAUAGUGUUAAAAUUAAAAUUUAAAUGUACUGCCUACGUGAAGAGCAUCAGCGUACGCAUCAGCAAGUGCAGCAGCAAACCGAGGACGUUUGAGAUCAGUGAGUGAGCAAUCGACAAAUCAUAUAUAACGUAACAAUGGCGAACGAUGAACAACAAUCCAACGCCACAACCGGUUCGGUGAAGACGAUCUUAAAGAAUGUCUCCCAGAUGGCUGAACAGAAGCCGAAUAGUGAAGAAGAUAAUAUCUCCAAACCUGCGAUGAAGAAAGAGUCCUGUAACGAGGUGCUCAAGGAGCACGGAGAUCAUCCGAAGGAAACAAACGUGAGACAAAAGCGCAAGAAGGUGUCCGAAAAACAAAACCCUACCGUAGACACAAUCGAUGGUAAACCAUCGCUAGAUCAUCGAUUGGGUAAGGAAUCGACUGUACCCUCCCAUCCGGCCGCACCGUCUUCGGAAGCUUUGGGCAAUCUUUCCAAAGCAAAUGGGAAAAGACUAAAGUUGGAUCUAAAGUCCAGCCAAGAGCAUCACGAUUCAACGUCCCCAGUAGGACUGUUGCUCGAGGAGAAAGUGAUCGUACGUAGCAAACCACCGAUUCCACCGAAACCGGACGUCAGGACGCUGUCCCAAGGGCCUCAAGCGAAAGUCACCGGCUUGCCCGCCACACCACCGACGAAAGGGAAGAAGCAGCAGGUGACCGAGGCCCACAAUGCACACACCGUCCAGAAGCUGCUGGCCCAGAACGAACAGAUGCGGCUAGAGCUGAGCGAACUCCGAAGUAGUUUGGCUGCGGAGCGGAAUGCUGUCAGAGUGUUACGGGCCCAAAACGAGUCCGAUCUGCGAAAGACAAAAUCCGAAUGCAAGAAACUGCAGGAAGCUCUGCAGCACCAGAAACGUCACUCUCAUGCCCAGACCCAGUGUCCGGGUGUGUCCGUGGGCGGUGGUACCCCAGCGAAGCGGGCCCACCGCGGAUCGGCGGAGCAAGAUCCGCCGGGUGGCGGCUGGACUUCGGAGGCACGCGGUCCGCACCAUCAGCAGCAGUGCUGUUUGGAAGUUCUGAAGCUGAAUCAGGAGAUUUCUGCCCUGCGGGAAACGAACAGGUUCUUAGAGGAAAAAUAUCAAAUUUCCUCCGAGGCUGAACGGCAGAAAGCUUCCGAUAUUCGCGUACAGCGCGAUCUGCACGAACUACGAUUGACUCAACUUUCCAAGUCGGCGAGAAACGAAAUCCAGCGUAUGCUGGAGGAGCUGAAAUCGAAGGAUCGCAGCAUAGCGCAGCUCAAGAAGGAGCUACAGGCUGCGCUAGCUGCCUCCCAGGUCGGAGCCGGUGGUGGAUGUCGCAAGGAGAGAAAGGCUGCUAAAAAUUCCGCUCAGCAAUCGCACGAGAUGCGAAAACUGCGUGAGACAGAACCAUGUAGCGGAACUAUCAGCCAUAGCAACAGCAAUAACAGCAUCCAAUCCGUCACCGACGAUUAUGAACAGCUGGAAACGAAAGAAACUCUGGAGCUGACCAUUGUCACCGCGACAACCACGACGACCGCCGUCCCGGCAGCGGAAGAAGCAUCACUACAUGACUGCAGCUGCCGUACGACGCGGAACACAAGUGAAACACCACAAGUGAAUAAUCUAACCCUAGCGAUAGAAACAACGACGUGCGGCAACGAUGAGGCUGAACGGCCAACGCUGUCGCACGAAUUAUGUAAACGAACCAAGGAAGCUCACAAUAACGACAACAAUAGUGUCUGCAGCGUAGUACUAGAAUCGAAGGUCAGUGCGCCUUACUUUGCACCGGAAGCACCAGACACAGUCGCCCCGCGAACGAUCGUCUCUAUCGAGUGCCAACAAGCGUCCUUCAGUUCCGAUCCGGACUCAGCCCUUUCCUCGAUGAGUCCGCAACCGAACAGCUUUACCGGUGACGCACCGCAGGACGAUCCUUGGAACGUUCAGCAUGGGCCGAUAGUCCGGGACGACGGGAAGCUGGCAAGGAUUAAGCUGGAGCUCGAUGAAAUGCAGCAGCGAUAUGAUACGCUUAACCGGGACUACACGCUUGCCAAGGAACAGAUCGAUCAGCUCGAGCAGGAGCUGGUGAAGGCAACACAAGCUUCGCGCGAACAAGGCAAAUUGAACGAACGCAUCGCAUACCUCGUCAAGCGCGAGGAAGACCUGCUAAAGGAAAGUCACGAGUUGCGGGAGCAAAAUGAACUGCUCGAAUUCCGCAUCAUCGAGCUCGAGGAGAGCCAUGACAAGUGGUCACUUCGAAAUAACUCAAGCCCCACGGUCGGUGGUGGAACGACAAAGGACGGUUGGACGGACACCGAAAAGGAGCACGAUGAGCUGAUAAUGCUCUCGGAACGAUCCGAUUCCGGCGUCACCUCGCCCAACAGCCAUCACCAUCUGGAGGACCAACAAAGCGGUGUACCGUCACCGUGCGACUUAUCUCUCUUGGAUCAAAUACCGACCGACGAUGUGCGCAAACGACUCAUAGCCAUGACCAAACGCACCUGCUACGAUGAGGAGGAUAAGCUAUGUCUGUUGCAGAUCCUCUCGCUACUAAACAACCUCGAAGCCUUAUCACAGGAUCACGAGAUUGCCGGGGAGGACAUGAGUCUUGAGCCACCCGUCCAAAAGUACAACUACAGCUUGCCGGACAGUACCAGCCCACCGAAGGCACUGCUCCAGUCGGCAGCGGCCGCAGUAAUGGGAAGUUCCACACCGUACAAAACCGGUACGGCGAGAAUCAUCGCAACCGUGCAGCCGUUCCACAGCUCGGACCAGCACGUACACUCACAAACAACAGCACCACCAAAAGCGCCAUCGAUUGCCUCGAUUGCUGAAACGUUCGGUGGUAUGAAGAAAUCGACGCGCUGGAACAACGCUACCAGCCUGCAGGAGAGUGGCGUGUUUGUGGACGAACCCUGCACCCACGUUGCCACGCAGACGGAAACGGAAGAUUUCCCCACGCUGGAAAAGACGAACGCCGAGCUGUGUGCGGAGAUUGAAAAGUUGAACCGAUUCCGGGAAAAGAUCGAGGAGUGUAAGGGUGUGGCAGCAGCAGCUGUCUGCAAGACGCCCAGCAAGGGAUCGAUGGUGGCAUUGAACUUGCCGGCCGCGAGCGGAGACGAGGCAUGUGAUAGACGCCGGCUACAGUUCUACGUCGAGCGGGCGGAAAUGCUUGAGAACAAGCUGAAGGUGUACGAGAGCAGUGGUGAUCAGCAGCUGCGGCAUUUGUCCGAUCGAUUGCAGCGUGAAGUGCAGCUGGAAAGUUGGGUGAAAGAGCUGUCGGAAAAGCUCGGUCGGGUGGAGUUGGAAAACGAGCGACUCGAGGAGGAACGCUGUGAGCUGGAGGAGAUCGAGAAUGAUACCCGGCUGCGGUUGCAGCGUCUCGAGGAAGAUCUGGAAGUGAUGGGACAGCGCAAUGAGGAGCUCGAAAUGUCCCGAAGCUCGUACCAGUCCAAGUUCCAGGAUGCGAAGGAGAACGUGGCCAACCUGGAGGAGCUUAUCCACAAGUACGAGGAGAAGAUCUUCCUGCUGGAGGAGAAUGAGAACGAGCUGCGCGAGAGGAUCGAGAUCAUCUACAUGUUCAUACCGAUGCUGCUAAUGUACAACAGCUGGCAGCUGCAAAAGCAGUUUAAGCAGCAUCAAGCAGCUAUGAUGGCUCAGCUGCCAGCCGAUUCACAAAAACAGCAACUAGCUACCCUAUCCUACACGGAACCCCAUGCCAUCCAGUGUAUCCCGACGCAGCACAUCGACUACUAUGACAGUGGCUGUUCGCAGGCCGACGAUUUACAGAGCCGCUUGAGCGAGCUGAUGAGCCGCGAAAAGGAACUCACCCAGAACAUUGCCGAGUUGAACCGAGCGUACAACGAGACGCUCGAGAACGCGGAUAACCUGUGGGCCCAGAUGGAGCGAGAGUACAAGGAAAAGAUCAGUCGCUGCGAGCAGGAAGAAGCGACGCUCAAGUCCAAAAUUGCACAGCUCGAGGAACGACUCAGCAAGGACAGUGAGUACGCGAGCGAACGUAUCGCCCAUCUGGAAGAGGCCGAGAGCAGUCUGAAGAGUCGCGUCAGCCGGCUAGGGAAGGAAAACAAAGAACUCUCGGCCAGGCACGACGCAUUGCUGGAGGAGUACGGCACACUGAAGGACGACUACGCCAAACUACAAAACUAUCUGCGUGGUCCAGCUGCCGAAGCUUUGGAGCGAGAAAAGAAGCGAGUCCUUGCGCUGGAAGACGAACUAGCCCACACGGCCCAGAUGUUACGCGACGGUGAAGAAUCGCACCGGACAGAGGUGGGCACACUCCGGGGUCGGCUACUAACUUCGACCAAGGAACUGAACCACAUCGAGGUAACAAACAGUGAGCUGCGCGAAGAGGUAGAAACGCUUGAAGCACGCAUCCGGGAGCUUAUGUCCCAACGGGGAAGUGAUGAGGAACGCAUCAAGCAGCUUACGGAAGAGCUGGAAGCGAAGCAGUCACAAAUCGUUGCCCUCCAGCAUGCCCGGCGAUCUGGUGGCACGGGUACGGGCAGUAAUCGUGCAUCGGUAACACGCAGUCUGGCGCAGGAGCUGGAGCGUCCUCUGAAGGGGACUUACACACGUCACGGGUACGAGGUACAUCCACUCAGCCGGAAGUUCCCUGACAGUGAUAGUAGUGGCAGCGGUGGAGAGGAUCGGAGCAAGUUCCCUCACACGCGACCGUCGGCAUUUGAAACCAAAGAAGUGAAGAGCCUUGCUGAGACGAUCAUUCUGAAUGCCGAAAGCAGGGGAGUGAAGACGCCAAAGAAAUCCUUCGUCGAGGAGGCUCGCAGCCGAUUCGCCCGUUGGGUGUGAACGAUGCUGAAUCCUGGAUCCGUGUGGACAGGAUGUCCCGAAACUCCUGCCAAAUUUUGCUGGAAUAAGUACAAUGCCCCUGCCCACCCAAGCGAAGUCCCCAAGAACGUGGACUGUUUCUUGCCCACCCCCACCCCCGGCACAACACUGCUCACCCAGCACACAGAUACACGCUCCACAUCACCAAUAAACCCCACGUCACGCACACAGCAUCCCAAGCAUCCUCAGGUUCCCUGUCGUGUGUAUCCUUCCCGCUUUGCUUCCCCGAAGCCUGCCAGAAAAUAACAGGCCAGAAAACCUUCCAAACGUGUAAACUGAUGUCAACCAACCCAUCAGAGAUACCUUCCGAACUGGACCCACUGGAUCUUCAGGUGAUCUUCUCAUCCAGCUCACCCUGAUUCUGGCGCGAGGCCUCCUUCCAAUGCUUUCGGGUCGGCCAUUUUUACCACCUCCUAGUGCAAAGGUGGUCUCGAACAUGUGUCACCAAGUUUUAGCAGCAGCGUCGGGAAAGGCCAUGUGGAAAGAGAAGAGAGAGAGAAAGAGAGAGAGAAAAAUCUAGUCGUUGUUUUUGUUGAAUGUGUGUUAUUUUUGAGGUACUACUAUAAACUGCUAGUGUUAAAAGUUAAAGUCGGUGCAUCGGCGGACAUCGGAAAUCAUUGUGUGUCUGGUGCUUUACAGGCACUACUGCUGUCGUAUUUGCUCCAUGACCGUGGACCAUGGAAUGGGGAAUGCGCGUGCAUCACGAAACCCAUUCAAGCUACCCACUACUCCCAGACUCCAGACUCUGUAAGAUAGACUGAGCACGGUAGCAAGAUGGUAGAACCGUGCAGAACAUUGAAGUCUUUUGUUCGUCAGUUCGUGUCCGACUUUUUUUGUUUUGCAAAUAAUUCAAUUAGUUUUGAGCGUUCGUGUUUAUUGCGUUUACUGAGUUAAAUAAUUAUUUCUCCUGCUAGUUACGAUAGUUACGAUAAGCUUUCGCGGCAUUUCCUGCCUUAAGCUUGUAUGUUUACAGUUUUUUGUUUUUGUAUAAUUUUGCCCAAUUUUGUGCUCCGAGCUGUGGGUGUGAGUUUGCGUUUACUACACUAUUUGUUAGCAUUACAUUAUGUCUCGUUUAUGUACAGUAUGAUUGCGUUAGUUUUUGAGUUUUUGUGUAAUAUAUUUUAUGGCAUAAAAGUUCUGUUCCUGUUUGACGAAUAUGCGCCCACUGUGAGGUGGAACACAGGACAACUCGAUGGCUAGUAUUCGUCGAUAUCAAUUAUUUAACAAACGUAACAUCAGCCAUGCAAGCAAACAACGACCCCCAUCGCCCAUUGGACGGUUUAGGUGUGUUUUAGGUGCUUCUAGGAUCGAUCUUGUGCCUUCAACGUCGGGCGAAACCCAUCAGGAUGGGGUCCAACCCGAAACCGGACGUUCUACCGGGGCGUAGCGCAAACUUGUGAGCUUCCAGGGUAUUAUUUAAAUCGUGACUCAUAUGUAAUGUCCCCACAGUUAAUACAUUUGAUCAGGUUUUGUAUCAAGCUGAACAUGUAGAAAUGGCGAGCGUGAAAAACGGAAAUUGUAACAAAGCAGACGUGAACGAGCGGAGCGGAGAUGGAAGAUGAGAAAAGAAUAAAUCAAAUAAAUACCGUAGCUAUGGUAGUAAAAAUAUAGAAA